GAGCGAGCGAGUUAUGGGUUCAGAGUGGAAUCCUUUGGAGAUAAUGAGGGUGUUGUUAGUGGUCGGACAGUUAUUACUGAUAUCAUCGUCAUUAUCAUCUUCUCAAACUGUAUCUCCCAACUGCCAAGAAACUUGCGGAGACGUCGCCGUGCCUUACCCCUUCGGCAUCGGAGACGGUUGCUACUUGAACGAGUACUUCUCCAUCCACUGCAACGUCACCGCCGCCUCCACCCCCAAGCCCUACUUAUGGAAUAGCACAACCAACAUUGAAGUCCUCGACAUAUCGCUUGACGGCGAGCUCCGCAUCUACACCUUCAUCGGCACAGACUGCUACAAUGAGACCGGUGUACAGCAAGAGCCGCGCAUAGAAGCCUACGGCGUCCUCCCAGCGUUCCCUUUCUCUAACACCAAGAACAAGUUCACGGCCAUCGGAUGCGACACGGUUGCCGUGAUCGCGGGAUCCAAUGGAAACGGAUUCUCGAGCGGCUGCCUCUCGGUGUGCACCGGGAUUGACGACGUGACCGAUGGGGCAUGCGAUGGCAUCGGGUGUUGCCAGACCACUAUACCGGAGAUGCUCCUUAAUUAUAAUGCCAGUGUGGUCAGCCUGAAGAACCACACCAACGUGUGGAGCUUCAAUCCUUGCAGUUAUGCAUUCUUAGUCGAAGACAAGUCCUUCAAUUUCAGUAGGGAGGAUCUUAGUGGCAUGAAGAACACGGUGGUCCCCUCGGUGCUCGACUGGGCCGUUUGGAAUGAGACUUGUGGCGAAGCAGCGAAGCAGCGAAGGACCCGGCGAGCUUUGCUUGUAAGGCGCACAGCGAGUGCUUUGAUUUUCCCGAUGUGCCCGGUUACCGAUGUAAUUGCUCUUCUGGGUAUGGGGAAUCCAUACCUUGGCUGUAUAUUAAUGAAUGUGAUGAUCCAGAGAAAUACCCGUGUGACGGAAUUUGCCAUAACACUGAGGGAGUUAUACAUGCUCAUGCCCAAAGGUUAUCAUGGUGAUGGCAAAAUGGGUGAAGAUGGAUCCAGAUGCAUUGCUAAUCUUAAAUCAUCACAUUUGGUCACCAUUUUGGUUGGUAAGUUCAUUUGA